CCGGCUAUACCUUUUACUUCCAAAUCUGGAAAAGACGAUGUCGUUUCUUAAGGUUCCUCUCUCCACCGGACUUUCUCCUCUCCGAUACACCAGUUCUCUCCCUCGCCCUCUGGCCGGUGUCCGUACACCCAGUUGCACCAAAUACAUGUGCUGUUCGGUCCCAAUAUCAUCGUCUUUUCAUCUUUUAACUGAGAAGAAGAAUGCAAGUGCUCGAUGGAGACCUCUGUGUUUGUACUUCACACAAGGGAAAUGUACCAUGAUGGAUGAUACUACCCACCUAGAGAAAUUUAAUCAUGAUAUCUCUAGAGAACUUCAAGUAAAUGCUGCUGCUUCUCAACGCAAGUGCUCUCAGGAUUUAGAUUUUUUCUUGGUGCUUGAUUUGGAGGGGAAAGUUGAGAUCCUUGAAUUUCCUGUCCUGAUGAUAGACGCAAAAACCAUGGGUUUUGUUGAUUUCUUCCACAGGUUUGUGAGGCCCUCAAAAAUGAGCGAGCAACAUAUAAAUAAAUACAUUGAAGGGAAAUAUGGAAAAUUUGGAGUUGAUCGUGUUUGGCAUGAUACAGCUAUCCCAUUUAAUGAAGUUCUUGAACAAUUUGAAGCUUGGUUGACUCAGCAUCACUUGUGGGGGAAAGAACAAGGCAGUCGUCUUCAUGGAGCAGCAUUUGUAACUUGUGGAAAUUGGGAUUUGAAGACAAAGGUCCCUGAUCAAUGCAAAGUCUCAAAUAUCAAGCUUCCUCCAUAUUUUAUGGAGUGGAUCAAUUUGAAGGAUGCCUUUUAUAACUUUUACAAAACUAAAAAGAAGGAGGCCACAGGAAUGAUGGGAAUGAUGAAAAACCGCCAAAUGCCAAUGUUCGGAAGUCACCAUCUUGGGAUUGAUGACACAAAGAACAUAGCUAGAGUCUUGCAACGCAUGCUUGCUGAUGGUGCACUUAUGCAGAUUACUGCAUGGAGGAAUCCUAGUUCUCAAAAAGUUGAUUUUUUAUACAAGGAUCGUAUUUGAUAACAACAAAAAGGAAGUUGCAUAAGCUUAGGUGUUAUUUUUUUUU